CAGUUGAUGACUCCAAUUAAAAUAAUUGGCUAAAUGUGUAUUGUACCUACCUUAACCUAAUACGUACCUACCUAGCUACUAGGUACAUAGCACCUACCUCGGAGCCUGGGAAGUUGGAACCAACCACAUGCAAGUUUCCCCUUCAAUAUUCCCGUUCCAGAUGUCCUUUCCCCCCCAGGCCACGUCUCUCUCAGCUCUCUCUCUACCCACGUAUUAGAAACCCUAGAAAUCCUUGAAACCCUUGAAAUCCUUGAAAUCCACGAUUUACAUAGUAUUUAUGUAGAUUUAGAUUUCUCCAACUACCCUACAUAGUAACGUCAUCGUCACCAUUUUCGUCAUUGUCAACUUGUGCAACAAUCCACGUACAAUUCCGAAGUCAUGGCAUCAUUUGAAGCUUCCACAGCUAAGCUGGUUGAUAUAAGCCAGACAAGUUUGUUUAUUUCUGCCUGUGCUAUUGCGUUCAAUCCGCUAUUCUGGAACAUUGUAGCUCGAUCAGAAUACCGCGACAAGACACUCACAAAGCUGUUUGGAGGACGUUCACAGACUGCAUGUUAUGCCUUGGCUAUCACCAUCUUCUCCAUCGGUCUAGUGCGCGACUUCCUGUACGAACGUGCCCUUCGCCACCAGCCAUCCUAUCCUUUGCUCGAGUUGGAUGAGGUCAAAUAUGUCGCAUAUGCUCUUGUUGCAGCCGGCAAUAUACUAGUCUUGUCUUCGACUUGGCAACUAGGCAUCACGGGGACCUUCCUAGGAGACUAUUUCGGAAUUCUGAUGGACGACAUUGUAACAGGCUUCCCGUUCAACAUCACGGAUGCGCCUAUGUACAACGGCUCAACGUGCAGCUUUUUGGGCACAGCCCUGUUGUAUGGCAAACCGGCCGGGAUCCUUCUGACCGCCUGGGUCUUUGUCGUUUAUCAGAUCGCCCUCAAGUACGAGAAUCCCUUCACAGCCGAGAUAUACGCAAAGAGGGAAAGAGAGCGCACCGAUAAAAGGACGAGCAGCAAGAAGUCUCAAUGAUCAGCGAUUUAUCUACCAAGCUUAGGAUAUUGUCGGCGGUACCCCAGUUUUACCGAGACUCGCCCGAAAUGGCUUACUAGGCGGACUACAUAUUUACAUCCAUGAUGUGUGGAGAAGGGGUGCGUUGAAGAUAUUCCCGGAAGCGUUCCGUGCAUCGGUGCAUAUGUAUAUGUAUAUGUAGGUACCCUACCUACAUAUGUAUGUGCAAUGGCAAUGUGGCAGUACGAUUCCGGAGACUGCGCGGAGAAGCAUUUACAUGAAAAAAAUACCCGUACGGAGAAUUUAAAAAAAAAAAGACAUGAUCACGAGUCUAGUUAGAGAGAUGUGUACAUAGUGCCUAGUGUCUAUAGUAGCUACCACUACCUACUACUACCUAAGCGAGUAGAAGGAAAAUAAUAUCGAGUUCCAAGUUA